CACCGCCGGACGCUCGCUGGAUAAGGGGAUGGACAGAAACAGCUACAAUUACUGAUAGAUUUACAAAAUAACAGCAAUGAACGAUGACCAUAGUUGACAAACCUUCAGAGAAGUCUGACCCUGAGUCAGAUCGACCCAAGCGCUCUGGUUCAUUGACCCCAUUCACAUCUGGAGAUAUGGAUGGCAGCUCUACCAGCUGGGGCGUUGGUUCCUCACCCUCUGACAACCCCAAAACCAAGACCCCCUACAUGGGCCCCACUCCUGGCGCUGCCGUGUACAGCAGCAGUGCAGCUGUCACUGGAGAGAGGCCAAAGGAGCAAAUGGUGAUGACCAGCGGAGAUGGCAUCGCUCUCCCCCAGAAAGUUCUUUUUCCAGCAGAGCGACUCAACCUGAAAUGGAACCAGGUCCACCGUGUUGGAGCAGGACUCCAGAACCUUGGCAACACUUGCUUCCUCAACUCCGCUCUUCAGUGUCUCACUUACACACCCCCUCUUGCCAACUAUUUGCUGUCCCGGGAGCAUUCCAAAACAUGUCAUGAGCCAGGCUUCUGCAUGAUGUGCACCAUGCAGAAUCACAUCACCCAGGUUUUUGCCAACUCUGGAAAUGUCAUCAAACCCAUCGGUGUCCUCAAUGAGCUAAAACGGAUUGCUACACAUUUUCGCUUUGGGAGCCAGGAGGAUGCCCAUGAGUUCCUCCGAUAUACAGUGGAUGCUAUGCAAAAGGCCUGCCUGUCUGGUAACAAGUUGGAUAGGCACACACAGGCAACAACAUUAAUUCAUCAAGUCUUUGGAGGCUACUUAAGGUCCAGAGUAAAAUGUCUGAACUGCAAAGCUGUCUCUGACACGUAUGACCCGUACUUGGAUGUUGCCUUGGAAAUUAAGACUGCACAGAAUAUCACCAAAGCUCUCGAACAGUUUGUUAAACCUGAACAGCUGGAUGGAGAGAAUGCCUACAAGUGUAACAAGUGCAAGAAAAUGGUUCCAGCCACAAAGAGAUUUACAAUUCAUCGAAGCUCUAAUGUGUUGACCCUGUCUCUGAAUCGCUUUGCAAACUACAAUGGGGCAAAGAUUGCAAAGGAUGUGCGGUAUCCUGAGUACCUGGAUAUGCGCCCAUUCAUGAGUCAGUCUCACGGAGAGCCCAUGGUCUACCUCCUGUAUGCUGUGCUGGUGCACUCUGGAUUUAGCUGCCACGCUGGACACUACUACUGCUUCAUAAAGGCAAGCAAUGGGCAGUGGUACGAAAUGAAUGACUCGUCAGUCUCCGUCAGUGAUGUCAGAUCUGUUCUCAACCAGCAAGCUUACGUUCUCUUUUACAUCAGGUCCCCCGAUCUGAAAAAUGGAUGGGACUACAACCAUUCCAGCCGUACCCCGGGCCAGUCCUCCCCUCGGCCUAUCCUGAGCCCUCGCCCAGCCGGACCUCGACAUGUCUCCACUGGCUUCAUUGGGCCACAGCUGCCAGCUCAUAUGACCAAGAAAUCUCCCCACAUUAAUGGGAAUGGCUCCUUAAAGGAGCUGUCAUGUGGCUCCAAGCCCAGCAGCAGUCUGAGCAGAACUGGCCCCAGCCUGUCGUCCUGUGCCAGCGUCCCGCAGCUGAUCAGCCGUCCCACAGGGAUUCCUGAGCCUGCUAAGAGGCAGAAGCUGUCCUUCCCCAUUGGUCAGGGAAAGACAAUUCGGCCUACACAGGUCCAGCCUACCCUACAGAGCAACUCCAGCUGCUCCUCAUCCAUUGCCUCAAUCUCACACCCCCAACCCUCCCCAUCCUCCUCCGCCUCUUCCUCCUCAUCUUCAACCACCUCAAAGUCUACCUCAGAAAACCAGGCAGCCACCUUGUCCCGCCCCGACGCUUCCCCUGUCCCCAGGCCCCCCCGUGUGAACGGCACGCCCCUCAAUCACUGUGCCACCUUCCUGGUGCCCUACGGCCAGGAGUCCUCCGAAGAGUCCGAUCAGGAGGGCGGCGCCCUGGAAAACGGUCUUUCCAAGCCUCACGUCCCCACUGCUGUAAACGGCAAGAAUGGAGGCGGCAUCUCCUGCCCCAGCCCCACUGCCCGACUGCAGCCGGCUCCCAGAACCAAUGGCUCUACGAUCCCAGGGGCGCACGUGCACGAGAGUGGGUCAGGACCUGGCCACGGCAUCCCAAAACCCAGCCAUAACGGAGUGAACGAGUCUAACGGCGUCAUACACUUUGAGAAGGCUUCCCCCAAGGUCUUAGCCACGGGCACCAUUCAGACAACAUUUCAGAGUGUGGGCGGCAGCUCAGCCGGUCCUGCACUGGAAAACCUGGCCAGAACAAACCAGUCUGUGGACAGCAGGCCCAGCAAAGACAUGCUUCCCCCUGCGGCACCCCCCUGUGAGGUGGAUCCUGCUCUGGACCGGGAGUCUGCCUGCAAAGACGCCCUCGGACUCUCCCCUGCCCCUGAGCGGCAACCCUCCACUCAGGACAAAAGGGCUGAAACUCACGCUUACAACCUCGCUGCACAUGCACCUCGCGUAGCCGUGAGCUCCGAGUCUGGCUCAAAGAGCGCCUCGGAGGUCUCGGUGAAGCAGACGAACGGGGGCCUCGAGACCCAUUCAAAAGCAUGCACUUUGCCUCACAGCUCUGUUGCGUCAGCGGUUACUUUGAGCUCCCCGGGCACGGCUGAUACAGUGAGCGUCUUGUAUCGCCCCGGGCCCGCACCUGGAAAUGCUGAUCCUCUCUCAGCUACUGUCAGGGUAAAGGAGUCAACAGAAGCGGGGAAGAAUGUCUGGAGGAAUCCCUCCAACAGCAACGGCCUGAUUCCAGGAAGGGAUGGGCAAGGGGACUCUAAAGAGUACAACCCGAGCAAGUACAGCGACAGAGAAGGGAAAAGCAGCCUAGAAAAGCCGAGGUACAUGUCCAGAGACGGGGAUCACCUGCCCUUCUCCCCCUCGAAGGACAGAGGCAAGACCCCUGAGAGGCACAGGUCUCACAGGGAGCGCGAGAGAAGCAGGGACAGGCCCGCCCACAAGCGCCAAAGAGACCAUCGCUCCCACAGGGAGAGGUCACGCAGCCGGGACAGGCACCGCAGGGACAGGGACGCCGAGCGCAGGUGGGACAGGCACGCGUACCACCACAAAGACCAUCGCCACCGGUCCAAAGACCACAGGGACAGGAGGCACCCGGCCAGCGAGCAACUCUACCGGGAGGAGCAACACGGCCGGUGGCGGUGGGCCGACGAGGGCAGGGGGAGGGGACAGCACUCUCAGGACAGCAGCCAGCCCGGCCUCAGCCACCACAGGUACUCCCCCUUGCCUUCAGGCGCGUCGCCCCCGGGCCACGCCCGCUCCGCAGGCCACAGCCACAGGAGUGAUGCGGACAGGAAGCGGCGCCUGUGGGACAGACAAUCAGAGGAGCGAAGGGAGAAGAAACACAAGAAGUCCAAGAAGAAGAAGAAAGCAAAAGACAAGGACCGGGAGCACUGGGUCCAAGAUCCUGAUCAUUCUGAGAGGAACCUGGACAGCAGCUCGUGGAAACACAAAAAGAAGCGAAAGAGGGGGCAGGAAGAGGCGGAGUCUGAGAAAUCCCACAGGGACAGCGAUAAUGACAGGGCAUGCCACAAGCGUCGCUGCCACGAAAGAGACGAGCCACGUCAGACAGAGAAGCGCUCCCACGCCGAGAACGGCCUUUCCCACGGCGCAUCCCAGCUCCACAGUCACACAGGUAAUGCGUCACGCAGCUCAGCCGAUCUCAACCGAUCAUAAAAGCUGUUUCAGGUAGAGAGCUUUGGCUUUUGAAAAGGUUUAUUUUAGGGUCUU